CCGUUGCAGUUGCGAGUUUGCGACGCGACGUCGUGAGGUCGUGAGAGCGGUUUUUGAGCACAGUCAAGCAUAGUACAACAAAUAAACUGGAAAAUACGAUUAUUGAAGAAUAUUUUUAACAUAUUGUAGCAGAUAAAAGUUUUUAAGGUUAAGAAAAUAGUUUGCAACAAUACUUGGCGGCAAUGUCGAUCGGAGUUCCCAUUAAAGUGCUUCAUGAGGCCGAGGGUCACACCAUAACCUGCGAGACAAACACCGGCGAGGUUUAUCGCGGCAAACUGAUAGAGGCAGAAGAUAAUAUGAAUUGUCAGAUGCAGAACAUCACAGUAACGUACCGGGAUGGCCGGGUGGCACAGUUGGAGAAUGUGUACAUCCGCGGCUCAAAAAUCAGGUUCCUCAUAUUACCGGACAUGCUGAAGAACGCACCCAUGUUCAAGCGACCGGGCGGCAAGGGAUCGGGUACAGCCGGCCGAGGAAAGUCCGCAAUAUUGCGAGCCCAAGCUCGCGGUAGAGGAAGAGGUCAAAAUCAAAGAGGUAAAGGUACUGGUUCAGCGCCUUGGCUAAAUCAACAAAAUCAACCAGGUGGAUCUCAAGCUGGAAGAGGCAGGGGCUAAAUCUUGUGAUAAUAGAUUUUGAUUAUUUAAAUCGACAAAUUUAAUGUGUAACUUUAUUCCCGUAUUUUUGUAUCAUUUGUAAACAGUGUAUUCUGCAUUCAAAAUUGUAAUUUGAUACAUGUGUAUAAUAAUAAAUUACCUAUUAUGCUAUGUA